GCACAUAAAUAGUCACCUUCGGAUGUGGAUAAUCUGUAAGCACCGCGGCUUAGAACCUUCGAAGUUGGGCUUGGAACCUGAUCAGAAGUCGACAACGACAUUAUCAACAUGGACAGACACACACGGCGAAUGCUUCUCAUGUUCGUGGUGACGGCCUUCGUGGCGAUAACCUUAGCAGGUCUGGGAGUUGCACAUCCUAAUUGCGAAAACGAUUGCAUUUGUCCCGACCAGACUGCGUGCACCAGCGUGGCAGCUGCAAGCAACUGUUGCUGGUCUAAAUCCCGGAAUAAAUGCAUCAAGGUGACGGGCAGCCUGGAGUCUGAUCCCAACAACUGUGGAAGCUGCGGCAACAGGUGCAAGAGCACGGAGAAGUGCUGCGACGGGCAGUGCAAACCCCCAAGCUUUUUCGACCGAGACCGCUUGAACUGCGGCUCGUGCGGCAACAGGUGCUUUAGUUUUGAGUUGUGCUGUGGCACUUGUGUUUUAAACGACAACACGAACUGCGGCACGUGCGGCAACAGGUGCACAGGCGGGAAGACUUGCUGCAAUGGCGUGUGCAAGGACCCCAAGACCGCUUUCGCAGCUGAUAGCCACAACUGCGGCGGCUGUGGCAUCCGAUGCAAGCGCGGCCAGAGUUGUUGCGGUGGUGUCUGCAAGGAUUCGAAAGUUUUGUCCACCGACAAAAAGAACUGUGGCAAGUGUGGCAACGUAUGCCGGGGCUACGGGGCAGGUUGCUGUGGUGGCAAGUGCGUUAACAUUCACACCGCCUACCGAAAGGAUCCCAACAAUUGCGGUUCGUGUGGCUCCAAAUGCGACACCAGCAAAACAUGCUGUGGUGGCCAGUGCAUCGACAAGCUGAACUACAACCAGGACAGCAAAAACUGUGGCAGGUGUGGCAACGAGUGCAAGAGUCACGAGAAGUGCUGCGGCGGGCAGUGCAAACCUGCAAGCGCUUUCAACCGAGACCGCUUGAACUGCGGUCAAUGCGGCAACAGGUGCUUUGAUUUUGAGUUGUGCUGUCGCACUUGUGUUUUAAAUGACAACACGAACUGCGGCAAGUGCGGCAACAAGUGCAGAGGCGGCAAGACUUGCUGCAAUGGCGUGUGCAAGAAUCCCAAGACUGAUUUCGCAUCUGAUAGCCACAACUGCGGCACUUGUGGCAAAAAAUGCUCGAAAGACCAAGUUUGCUGCGGGGGGAGGUGUCUGAGCAGAUCGAGUUUCUCGACAGACAGCAACAAUUGUGGCAGAUGCGGCAACAAGUGCGUUGGUACUAAGAGCCAAUGCUGCGGGGGAGUGUGCAAGGACCCCAAGACGGCCUUCUCAAGAGACCACCAGAACUGCGGAUCAUGUGGGUUUAAAUGUUUCGAUUAUGAAAAGUGCUGCGGUAGCUGUAUCUUGAAGGAGGAUCCGUGUGUUUAAUGCGGGGUCAAGUGCGACUAAUCAAGUGCCUGCAUAAUCAGGCCGUGCAAGCACAGUGUAUAUUUAUACGAAUGGUAGUUCUAUAAAUUUCCACUGUGCAGACUGAAUGUUGUAAUGGACGCUUGAAAGUUGUAGGGGACAUGAAAAAUUGCAUAGCCUGGGAUAGAGGAGCACUUCUCUGUCCCCUUCGUUACUUUCUGAAUCGUCGUCAUGCAGGUCCGUUGAAGAUACUGUAGAAUGAGCUUGGAUUUUCGUGUUAAUCAUCGUCAACUUCCUGACUGUGACAUGCGCUCAUGAAUCCUUCAACAUGGAUCUUAUAGUCUUCAUCAGUGCUACAACAUAAACAGCAGCUAUUUGACAUUAUAGCAUAAUAUGAAAGUGUUUCAACUUGGCUUUGCAAUUAAAUAUCUUGACCAGCUAGUCAUGUGGUGCAGGCACCAUGCCAUGGACAA